ACUUUCAAAAUAAAAUACUAUAGUUUUUUAGAGGUUAUAUCAGGUUUUUGGAAUUAUUGGAAGAAUAAUAAAUUGUGAAUAAAAACCUGUUUGUAGUGAAUAAAACCAAAUCACGACAGAACAAUAACCUAAUAAUGAACCUAAGCACAAGAAUAGUAGGGCGACUCGUGAUUCCUGCAUAUAUCAAUUCAACAAGAAUACUACCUCGUAAUGUAUUUAAAACCAAUACUGCUACUUUUGUAAAUGUGUUUAACUAUAUACCUUUCCGGAAUUAUGCUAAAAGUAAAGACAAAGGAAAAGAUAAAAAGGGUAAGGGUGGCAAAGUGGAAAUCAACCCUCAAAUGAUGUCUGAGCUGGUGCCUGUAGAUAAGGUAAAAGAUAGAUGCAACAAAGUUAUAGAAAAAAUGAAAGAAGACUUUGCUAAGAACUUGUCAUUGCGAUCCACAACAGGCUCCAUCGAAUCUCUACCGGUCAAAUUUGAAGGAAAGGAUUACGAGUUGCAAGAACUGGCUCAAAUAGUGCGCAAGAAUCCUAAAACUAUAGUGAUAAACUUCGGAUCGUUUCCUCAGGCAAUACCUGACGCGCUGAAGGCACUACAGGUGUCUGGCCUUAAUUUGAAUCCACAACAAGACGGAACAACGGUCUAUGUGCCUGUGCCAAAAGUUACAAAAGAACACAGAGAGGCAUUAGCCAAAAAUGCUAAAGCUUUGUACAUCAAAUGUAGGGAUGCUCUGAAAGAUGUACAAAAUGAGUAUCUGAAAAAAAUGAAAAAACAGACUGGUGUCUCUGAAGAUUUGGUAUUUAAUGUCUCAAAACAGCUCAUAGCGAUGUGUGAUGAAUAUCAGAGCUCUGCCAAAUCGAUCUAUGAGGUAAAGCACACUGAACUGGUUGGAAAAUAAUAAUGUUUGUUUGUUAAAUAGCACCUUUAGAAUUAAUUAAGAUAAAGUUAUAUGUUGUACAAUGUUACACAAAUGUUACAAUUCAUAAUAUUGUAUGUAGUUGUUUCUAUAGAUUAAUUUCCAGUUUGUAAAAUAAAUUACUUUUUCAAACAGU